AUGGACUUGAUUCUAGAACUGAGACAGCAGCGUGAAAUACAUGGGACCAAAAGGGCCGACGAUCAAGCUCAAAUAACCGUAGAAAUCACAGAUGACAUAAUUGCCGCGCAAGCGUUCGCGUUUUACGUUGGUGGGUACGAGACUAGUGCUAGUACAAUGGCUUUUAUGUUAUACGAGCUGGCGAAGAAUCAGGACAUCCAGAAAAAAGUGAUUGAUGAAGUGGAUGAAGUGUUAAAGAAGCACGAAGGGAAGAUGGCACCCGAAAUCCUCAGUGACUUAAACUAUUUGAAUAAAGCCUUCGAUGAGACAUUACGCAUGUAUCCUAUAGUGGAACCUUUACAGAGGAGAGCACAAAUAGACUACAAAUUACCCGGCACCGACAUCACAGUGAAAAAAGAUCAAAUGGUAAUAAUAUCUGGUUUAAGCAUCCAUCAUGAUGAGAAGUACUACCCAAACCCGGAGGAAUUUGAUCCCGAAAGAUUUUCUGCUGAAAAAGCAAGCGGAAGACACCCGUGUGCUUAUUUGCCAUUUGGAACUGGCCCGAGGAAUUGCAUUGGUAUGCGCUUCGCGAGGGUGCAGUCCAUCGUGUGUUUGGUGAAGUUCUUCUCAAGGUUCCGAGUGGAGCCAUCUAGUAAAACCUUGCACAAGAUGAGGUUCGUCGCGUCGGUGGAGUUAAUG